GUUAUUGUUGUGAAUGAAGUGAGCAUGGACUCCUGUGCGGUAAAUCGUAUUACAGACCUAGAAUAGGUCGGUUUAACUGUAACCCAUGAUGAACUUUGACGGUCUCGACGCUGGGAUGGGUGAGUACCCACCCAGCCUCCACGGGACUAUGGACGCGGGGAUGGAGCCCUCCAUGGACCCCCACCUCAACCCCAGCAUGCUACAGGGUGUGGAGCUUGAUCCAGAGGGGCUGACCGUGACAGUCCCUGAGCCUGUACACCUCAUGGAGGGGAUGUUUUCCGAGCUACACAGUGCAGUCUCAGAAGUUGGCAUCCCAGUCACUGCAACACAUUUUGAUCUUCAGGAGGAGAUGCUCUGGAUGGGAAACCACCGAGGUCAUGUAACUUCGUUCUUCGGACCUACGAUGGGCCGCUAUUCUUCCUUCCAAGCCCAUGCAGCUGACGACAUCCGACACAUUCAGAGUUUGGAAACAGGCGUCCUGUUCCUUUCCAAGUGUAAUCUCAAAUGCCACACUCGUGGGGGCCUUGUUAUGUUUGAUUACCCGAUGGACGAAGGAGCUGAUAUGCAUAGUCUUCUCAUGACCGAUAACAACACCUUGCUUAUGGGCGGAUUACAAAACUAUGCGGUUGAAUUUGACUUGAAUACUGUUCAAGAAACUCAAAAGUUCAGUGUUGAGGUGCCUGGAAUGGCAAUAAUGCGCCAAACCAGUCGUUUCUUCUUUUGUGGGCACACUUCUGGCAAGGUAACCUUGCGGGACUUGCGUACAUUCAAGACGGAGCAGGAAUUUGAUGCGUUCUCUGGCAGCCUCUCAGACUUUGAUGUCCAUGGAAACCUUCUGGCUGCAUGCGGGUUCUCCAGCCGGGGUUUGAACGGGUUGGCAUGCGAUCGUUUCCUAAUGGUGUAUGACCUCCGUAUGAUGCGAGCUGUAACGCCACUUCAGGUGCACGUGGAUCCCCUCUUCUUGCGCUUCAUUCCUACCUACACGUCACGCCUUGCGAUUAUCUCACAGACAGGUCAGUGCCAGUUCUGUGAGCCCACUGGUCUCGCUAAUGUGGCGGACAUUUUUCACGUCAACACUGUGGGCCAGUUGCUCAUGAGUUUUGACGUAUCAUCCAGCAAACAAGCCUUGGCCUUCGGAGACUCCGGGGGAUGUGUACACCUGUGGUCUGAUGCUCCGGAGGUAUCAUUUAACGACUACUCCCGGGAGACAGACUUUGCCCUCCCUUGCCUUGUGGACACGCUACCUCAGCUGGACUGGAACCACGACCUGCUGCCUCUCUCGCUUAUCCCCAUGCCGCUGACUAGCACAGAGCCACUGCUCUCAGACUGGCCCACUGCACUGGCUACACCCAGCCCAAGACGAGCGCCUCCUGUGGACCCUGAAAUCCUGCGCACAAUGAAAACAGUUGGAUUUAUUGGUUAUGCAGCAAAUCCUCGAACUCGCCCUCGGAACCAGGUUCCUUACAAAAUUAAAGAAGUGGAGCUCGAUUAUGAUAAUUACAACCAGGUCCCCGAAUCACCAAUUGGGCGCGAUGAAGAGCCACACCUGUACAUGGUCCCCAAAAAGUACAGAAAGGUCACAAUUAAAUACUCUAAACUUGGACUGGAGGACUUUGACUUCAAACAUUACAAUAGAACCUUGUUUGCUGGCCUUGAGCCUCACAUACCCAAUGCCUACUGUAACUGCAUGAUCCAGGUUUUAUAUUUCCUGGAGCCAAUCCGGUGUCUAGUGCAGAAUCAUUUGUGCCAGAAGGAGUUUUGUUUGGCCUGUGAGCUCGGUUUCCUCUUCCACAUGCUUGAUUUGUCACGAGGGGAUCCAUGUCAGGCCAGUAACUUCCUCCGAGCGUUUCGUACCAUUCCUGAGGCCUCAGCGCUGGGUCUGAUCCUCGCAGACUCAGAUGAGCAAACAGGGAAGGCCAGACUCGGGCGUUUAAUCCAAAGCUGGAACCGCUUCAUCCUCACCCAGCUCCACCAGGAGACACAGGAGCAGGAGGGCCCACAGGCCUACAGGGGAGCCAGCAGCAGUUCGCUGGGUUCCUCUGGUGAGUCUGCCAUCGGAAAACUCUUUGGAUGUGAAGUUGAGAACAGCAGCCUGUGUCGCUGUGGCAAGGAGACGGUCCGCUCCUCCCUCACGUUGCUCUUCACCAUGCAUUACCCUGAGCAGAACUCUCAAGAGAAAACAAUAAAGGAAUAUGAUUUUGCUGAGAUCUUGAAGAAGAGCAUCUGUCUGGAGCAGAGCACUCAGGCGUGGUGUGAAAACUGUGAGAAGUAUCAACCCACAGUGCAGACACGCAACAUUCGAUGUCUUCCAGAUGUUCUGGUCAUCAACUGUGAGGUGAACAGUGCUAAAGAGGCUGAAUUCUGGAAGGUUCAGGCAGAGUACGCCUUCAAUAAAGCAAUGCAGAAAGAGGCGAUGGAACCUGCAAAACCUAAAGAACCCCCACCCAUGCCAACUGAGUGGUGUUUGGAUGGGGAGGAGUGCAGCAUGGAGGGCUUUACCUUUGACACACGGGUGGAGGAUCUGCGACACGUCUGGAUCCCUGUCAGUCUCAAGAUGUCCAUCAGCAAAAGUCAGGGACUAGAGAUCAGCAGCUGGCCUGAAGGAGAGGAGUUAAGUGCUGCCGAAGAGGCGGAGGGCGCUUCUCUCUAUGAUUUGGUGGUCACGGUGCCUCAUAUCCUAGACGCUCGCACAGGUGGAAACUUGGUUGCACACAUCAAAGUGGGGGAAACCUACCAUCAAAGAAAAGAGGGAGUCACGCACCAGCAGUGGUACCUCUUCAAUGAUUUCUUGAUUGAGCCAAUUGACAAGACUGAAGCUGCUCAGUUUGAUGUGAGCUGGAAAGUGCCUGCCAUUCUGUACUACGCCAAGAGGAACUACCAUACCAAAUAUGACCUUCGCAUUAAAAAUCCCAUAGAUGCCAGUGUGCUGCUGACAGAGGCCUCUUUGGCUCGGAAGCAGAGGAAGAGCCAUGCAACUUUUAUUCCCCUCAUGGUCAGUGAGAUGCCGCAGGCUGGUGACUUGGUGGGACUGGACGCUGAGUUUGUCACACUCAACCAGGAAGAGGCAGAACUUCGCAGUGACGGCACCAAAUCGACCAUCAAGCCCAGUCAGAUGUCUGUGGCCAGGAUCACUUGUGUGAGGGGUCAGGGGCCCAACGAGGGGGUGCCCUUCAUUGAUGACUACAUCUCUACUCAGGAGCAGGUCGUCGACUAUUUGACACAAUAUUCUGGCAUCAAACCAGGGGACUUGGAUGCAAAGAUUUCUUCUAAGCAUUUGACCACACUGAAGUCCACUUACUUGAAGCUGCGCUUCCUUAUCGACACAGGAGUUCGCUUCGUUGGCCACGGUUUACAGAAGGACUUUCGGGUUAUUAAUUUAUUGGUUCUGAAAGACCAAGUCGUUGACACUGUUUACCUGUUCCAUUUACCCCGCAAGAGGAUGAUUUCUCUGAGAUUUCUCGCCUGGUACUUUCUGGACCUCAACAUCCAGGGGGAAACCCACGACAGCAUAGAGGACGCCCGCACUGCUCUGCAGCUGUACAGAAAGUACCUGGAGCUGAGUCGCGGAGGCGGGAACGACGAAGUCAGGAAGGUCCUGAAGGGACUCUAUGAAAAAGGCCGCCAGCUGGACUGGAAAGUCCCAGAGUCUGACACAGGAGAUGGUCAAGGUAGCCCAAAAAGUGCUGCUGUGUUUCCCUCUGUGAUGGGGCUGUGAGCUGCACCGUGACAUAUCCCCACCGCAGAGUUUUGACUGAUCAAUGCUAGUUCAGUUAAUGUCAUAUUUUGUACUUAUUUGCAUGUAUUUUUGCAUUGUGCACAGAGUUUAUGAAGGUCGUUGUUGCCUGUACAGUCCACUUCUGUGACUAAACAAUUUUUAAUCAUGUCAAGAUUUGUACUUUUUUUUUGUCUAGGAAAGGUUUCCAGAAAAAGUAAAUACAUUUGUAUUUUA